ACACAGCACGAGCACAUGUGUGAGAGUAAUCGUAUAAAUGCCUUGACCGUUAUAAAUGAAGAAAUCAGUCUGGUUUCAACUGUUGAGACGUUCAGAUCCAAGGAGUGCCUUGUUCAUCGCCUUGAAACAUCGAAAUACACUGCUGUGGGAAAAAUGGCGAAAUUAGUGCUGUACGUCUUCAUAGCGUUACUAGCUGCGUCUCUUAUCAUGGGAGCACCGCAAGAUAAGUCAAGCUGCGGUCGACACGGUGACCCCUGCGUUUCUAGCUCACAAUGCUGCACUGGCAAUAGAUGCCAUCGUUACGCAAAUAGAUGUCAAGUCAUAAUUACCGAGGAAGAAUUGAUGGCACAACGUGAAAAGAUCUUGGGACGAAAGGGCAAGGAUUACAAGUAAUCCUUUUACCUGAAAAUGUUUCAACGCAUGACAAUAAUAAUUCUAGUAUCUUAUGUCAAACAUCAGAUCUGAAAAUUGUGUUUUAUGUGAGUAAUUAGCCUUAGAUUAAUUAAUAUAUAAUAUUUGCGUUACUAAUCAGGAAGUUUUAACGUAACAUAUAUUCUAUAUAUGUAUAUAUUCCCAUUUUGUAUGUAAAUGUGAUUAUUACGAAAUCUCCCGAUAACAAGCGAGAAUAAAAAAAAAUAAACGGAUGAUGAAAGAA